AUGUCGAACGACAUACCCUCCUCUCGAUCCUCAGCUACUAGUUCCCGCUCAUGUAAGACCCUUCAAAGACGAGUCAAGUUCCAGCAGAUCGAACACGAUGGCGCGGUCGACGAUGACGAUAACACGGAAGAAGGACCCCCGCGGCCCCUUCCCAAGAGCGACUACAAGUCUAUAUACAAAUGGUGGAAUGACGAAUACCGCCUGGUUGCAGUCUGCGUCAUCGGAGCCAUCGUCCUCGGCAUCAUCUUCAAGAAUUACGACCAGCAGCCGAUUCCCCAACUGAUGAAUGGCGACCUCGACUUCGAUGUCAUCAUUGUAGCUAUGUUCACUUGCGUUCGCGUCGCCAUGAGCGGAAUUGUCGAGACCUCUAUAAUACCGGCUCUCAACGUAUCCACCAAAGCCGCCGUAUACAGCGGUAUUCUAUCCGUGGAUGUCAAGAACCUUGAUCUCGAAUGCUCUGGGGUGAACUGCACGUGGCCCAUCGUGCCAACGCUGGCAGUAUGCGGCGAGUGCAACCCCCUAGACAUAAGGACUAUGUGUACCGACAAAUCGCAGACGUGCCGGUACAGUUUGCCCAGAGGCACAUCAGUGGAAAUCAGCCGAAAUGCACCAACCACCGAGCGAUUCAAGACGGCAGCUUCGGAGGGCAUCAUCCACCGAAUGAACUCCACGACGCAAACAUACAUAUCCGUCUUCGAUGUCCUAUGGGUCAUGAAAAACAAGCGAGGGACGAAAAGUAUUGCCCAGGAAUGCGCCUUGUGGUUCUGCAUGAAGAGCUUUAACUUUACGAUCACCGAAAGCCAGCUUAAGCAAAAGCUCACUAUGAGCUGGAACACAACGCGGUUUGAACUGGGCAACAGCGCGCACGGCGAUGAGUACGUCUUUGUUGAUAUUCCGGCAAAAGACAUGAAUGUUGCGCCAGAGUCCAGGUACAGUAUUUCCAAAAAAGCGCUGGCUGCCUUGCGGAGGUUCGUUGACCCGCUUGUCGAAACCACGUACGAGAAACAAUACACCAUUAUCAACUUUUCGUCAGAUUGGGCCGAAGGGAUCUACAACGCGAGAGAAAAACUACCGGAAUGGAUUAACCGAUUUAGCAUCAGUCUGACGAAUGAGGUGCGACUCCACGGCGAGAUUCGGGACAAGGACCGACAUCGAUAUACCGGACGAGCGUAUGAGAUGGUGCAGGUCAUUAUGGUAGACUGGCUGUGGAUGCUGUUCCCAACAGGCCUCAUCAUAAUCAGUAUCUACUACCUCUUGCAUACCAUCAUCAGAGGCGCUCGCGACGGCAUAUCGGUGUGGAAAAGCGAUUCGUUGCCAAUGCUCUUCUGUCGGAUCGAUGCCUCGAUUCUCGCAAAGGUCGGCGAUGGCAUGGAUGUGCCCAACGGACUGGAUGUAGCUGUCGGUAAUGUCAAUGUGUGCUUAUUGAGGGAAGAUGAUGGCGACUAG